AUGUCUGACACAGAGAAUUUUGUUGUGUCAUGCGAUCCGGCUGACGCCCGGCGCUCGCAGGUAUCCGGGCCUGCGAGUGUGAAAUUGGUUACCGACGGACGCGCAGGGGUAGGCGACCAGGCCCCUGUCGCUGAUAAAAUUACUGGCAGCAUACAAAAUGCCGAGGAGCGGCCGCGUGGAUCGUCUUCCGUUAGGAAACGUCCACGUGACCGUGCUUCGAUGGGAGGUGGUUCGGCGGGUCAGUCCUCAGAUGAGGACGGCCUGCCGGCUCCGAAGUUGCCGACCGGGAGGAGAGGUCGGCAGGCUUCGAGGGGGGCGAGUGCUUCGCGGCCGCGGAGGGACGCACAGGGCAGGUUUGUGCGUUCCAGUGCCCAGGCGGCCAGCGAAGCGGAGAGCGACGUGGGGGUCACCACGGAGGACCCUGGCGGCGAGAGCGGUGCUUCGCUGGGGAGCUCGAAGGCGGAGCUCAACGCCGCCAGAAGGGAGCAGCGCAAAGCCGUCGCGGCCGACGAAGUGUCGGCGAUGGCAGAGCGCGCGCGUGAGCGACGCGCUGCUCUCACGGCCGAAGGGGGCGAGCCAUCCGCGGCGGCCCUGAGCCAGCUGGCCUUGGACGGGGUGGACUUGGUCCUGAAGGUUGCCACGAAGUCUGGCAGCCUGAAGGGCACGUUCACCCGCGGUCUGAAGGAGGCUGCCGCGGACAUUAAGGAGGCGGUUGGUGUCCUCCUCAACAGGACGGCCUCAGACGAGGUCGCGAAGUUGCAGGAGGAGAACGGCCGCCUCCGUGCCGACCUGGAGGACCUCCGGCGGCAAGUCGCUGCGCUGAGCGAGCAGCAACAGCGACGCACGCCGCCCACUGUCGCCGCACCGGUGGUGGCCCCGUCUCCCGCACCGAGACCGGCAAGCGCUCGUUCCGACGACGAGGUCGAGCGCAUAGUCCGAGGCGGUGUCUCGGCGCCUCCCCCCGGAAACCCUCCGUCCGCCCCUAGCGGCCGACGCAAGACGGAGGACGGAGGAGCCGCCGAGGCCUGCGCCUCCCAGGGGAAGCCCACGGGGGGCCUCAAAAAGCCCGGCGAGGGAGCCCCGCCAAGUGCUAAGCCCACGACGGCCGGCUCUAAGGGUGAGAGCUGGGCGACAGUCGUGGGCCGCAAGAAGGCCCGCAAAGCCGCAAAGGCGGACUCCGCAGCAGCGCGCGCCCCAGGCCCUACGGCAAAGGCGGCUGCGCAGCCUGCGCGACGGACUGCCAAAGGCGGUCGCAAAGGACCGGCGGUGCGUGCCCCGCGUUCCGAGGCCGUGACGCUGACGCUGCAGCCCGGGGCUGCGGAGCGCGGCGUUACGUACCAGUCGGUCAUUGCCGAGGCCAAGGCCAAGAUCAAAUUGUCAGAUCUUGGCCUCCAGUCCGUCACCGUCAGGCAGACCGUCACGGGUGCGCGGCUGUUCGAGGUGGCCGGUGCUGCGAGCGGCAGCGCCGAAAAGGCGGACGCUCUGGCCGCCAAAAUGAGGGAGGUCCUCAACCCCGAGGACGUCCGGGUCUCCAGACCGGUGAAAACCGCAGAGGUGCGGAUCACCGGUCUGGACGAUUCCGUGACCCCCGAGGAAGUGGUGGCGGCCGUUGCCCGCAGUGGAGAGUGUCCGCCGGAUAGGGUGCGGGCCGGCGACAUACGCACCGACGCCACCGGACUCGGCGCAGUCUGGGUUCGGUGCCCUGUGGCGUCGGCGAAAAAGAUCGCCUUAGCUGGCGAAGUGAAGGUGGGCUGGGUUGCAGCGAGAGUAAAACUCCUGCAACCCCGGGCUUUGAGGUGCUUCCGGUGUCUGGAAAAGGGGCACGUCCGGGCAAAGUGCACCUCCGCAGCAGACCGUAGCGGUCUCUGCUAUCGCUGCGGUCAGCCCGGUCACAAGGCGGCCCAGUGUUCCGCCGCGCUAAACUGCUGCCUGUGUUCGGCCGCGGGAAAGCCGGCGGGACACAGAUUGGGCGGGGGAGCCUGUGGCAUGCCCACCAGCACUGCCAAAAAGGCAGGGAAGAGGAGCUCCAAGCCUGCCGGGGUAACCUCGCAGCCCCCGCAGGCUGGUAGCUCCGCGACCGACUCCCGGUCCGGGACUGUUGCCGGGGGAAUGGAUUGUCAAUAA